CUCCACCACCCAUGCUCAGCGAUAUCAUCAUCAUCCUACCGUUUCAACCGUUGUUGGCGUCCUGCCAAUCCUUCGUCCCUGUCUGCGCCAACACCCAUACCCACGCCCGCCUCCCCAGCCGUCUUCGCGCCGCUUAAGUACGAAUGCUUGUCUAUCUCCGGGCCUCAUCUGUUCAUCGCUUCUCCCCACUCUAGCAUUCUUCCCUCCUCUCCUCUCUCUCCUGCCCGUCCGUCCUCCCAUCUCCUCCUCUUCUCCGGCCAUGACUUCAUUCUUCGGUAGAUUCAAAGGGAACGCUGGUCCAGCGAGUCCAGCUUCCAGCGCUCCCCCAGUCAAGAAAGAUCCAAACGCCCCACAGCCCACGCCUCUCGAGAAACUCCUCACCGACGCUGGUCCUUUGCGCGCAGAUGGCAGCGACAAAUUCUUUGGUUACGAGAAUUUCGGCAGUACAUGUUACUGCAAUUCCAUAGUACAAUGUCUAUACUACUCAGUCCCGUUCAGGGAACAGGUCAUCAACUUCCCUUCGCGAUCCCCACCCGAAGCCCUCGAACGACCUGCCAACGCUCCGUUACCUCGCCUCGAUACCGACAUCGCACCCGCCACAAAUGGUCAGAACUCGGCCCUCUCACCCAAGGGCAGAAACUCCAUGUCGGCGCCCAGCGCUCCCGCCGGUCGAAAGCCAUCGUUGACGCCCGUGAACCCUAUGGGUGGACCGCCACCCACCAAGCCCGAGGAUAACAAGGAUUCCCCAGAGUACAAGAAGAAGGCAGCCAUGGCGGCAGGUCCCAUCCUUGAUAUGAACUACGAGAACUCCAGUGCAUACGGAAUGCCCGAGUCCCUGUUCACAUCGCUGAAGGACAUCUUCGAGGCCGUCAUCGCCCACCGUUCGCGCAUUGGCGUGGUGAGCCCCAACAAGUUCUUGGAGAUUCUACGAAGGGACAACGAGAUGUUUAGGACCCCAAUGCACCAGGACGCCCACGAGUUCCUCAACCUCCUGUUGAACGAGGUGGUCGAUAACGUCGAGAAAUUCUCCAAAGCAGAACAGAGCCGGAUAACGGAAGUAGAUGGCACCGAAGCGAACGGCACGACGGUAACAAAUGGAGUCACGCAUCCUGACAAGACAUCAGCCGGAGCCCUGAGCAACAUUGGCUGGGUCCACGAUCUCUUCGAGGGCACUUUGACUUCCGAAACGAGAUGUCUCACUUGCGAAAAGACGUCACAGAGGGACGAAGUGUUCCUCGAUCUCUCAGUCGACCUAGAUCAGCAUUCGUCUGUGACGAGCUGUCUGCGAAAGUUCUCCGAGGAGGAAAUGCUCUGCGAGCGCAACAAGUUCCAUUGCGACAAUUGUGGAGGACUGCAAGAAGCUGAGAAGAGGAUGAAGAUUAAACGAUUGCCGAGGAUUCUGGCAUUGCACCUGAAACGUUUCAAAUACACCGAGGACCUGCAGCGAUUACAAAAGCUUUUUCACCGGGUUGUAUAUCCUUAUUAUCUGCGCUUGUUUAACACCACCGACGACGCCGAAGACCCCGAUAGACUGUAUGAACUUUACGCCGUAGUCGUUCACAUUGGAGGUGGGCCUUACCACGGCCAUUAUGUCUCCAUCAUCAAGACCCAAGAUCGAGGCUGGCUCCUUUUCGACGACGAAAUGGUGGAGCCCGUGGACAAGGCCUACGUGCGCAACUUCUUCGGCGGAGAGAACGUCCUUGCUUGCGCUUAUGUUUUGUUCUAUCAAGAGACCACAUUCGAGGCGAUGCAGAAGGAGCAGGAGGCCGAGAACCUUGCCGCCGCAAAGCAAGCAACAGAGGCCGAGCAGGAGGCCGUACCAGUAGCAGCACCCAAGGCGAACGGCACAGCAAACGGCCAUCCUUUGCAGCAUGCCACUACACCGACACCGGAGGUCGAUGAGCAACUGCCAAAGUUGAACCAUGCAGCCACCGCACCGCCGCUUCCAACGACACCCCACUAUCCAUUAGAGAGCGUCCCUACGAGCAUACCUCAAUUGAACAACAGGAAGAGCGCCGCGGCAAUGAAGAAGGAGAAAGCAAAGGAAGAGAAAGAAAGAAAGGCUGCCGAGAAAGAACUCGAGAAGCAGCAGAAGCUAAAGAGAAAGGAGCUUGAGACACAGAGGCGCGAGAAUUAUAAACGGCAAGAAGACGAGCUCAAACAAGCACUUGCGGCAAGUAAAUCCACUGCAAAAGCAGACGAGGAGAAGAGGCGGCGAGAAGGGGGUUCUGACGAGGGGGAUAAAGAAGACAAGGAGGCGCUGAAGGAGAAGGAGAAUGGAUCAUUCGGCAAGACUAGCCUGAGUCGCUUCAGACACAGUAGCAUGAGCAUACGGCACAAACCGAAGUUCUGGUCUGGAAAUCACAAGCACGAAGAUUCGGAGCACGAAACUCCUUCGACACCAGGUACAGACGUCGAUGAGAAGCCCGAAAAGUCGAAGAAUCGUUUCAGCAUCGGGCGCAAGAAGUCUACAUUCCAUCUCUGAUCAACGGUUGAUCCGAGGUUUCUUUCCAUCUAUCGGAGUAUGGCAGGUUCACGAAGGUGUCCAUUGUUUUGAGCCCAGCAUCUCUUACUUUUGCACUGUUGCAACUCUGUACAUUGGCGCAACACUUGUCUAUACAUUCGUCAUUCAUAGGAGAAAGAAUUGGGCGAGACCAAUUCGAGUUAUUAUUCUAUUGCCUGCGAUACCUGGCGGUGGUUUCAGCGACACAGUGACC